AUACAAACGCCUGCCUAAUUCGUCCCGACCAUAACACCUGCGAGCACUUCCUAAGCGUGUUCCCCUCACGACAUGCCCGCCUCCGUAUCGCGCCGACCGACUCAGUCAUGAGCCCACCUUAUCCCAUCUCCCCCACCAACAUGGCCAUCCCCGACUUCAAUUCCGCCGCUACGCCAAAUAAGCCCUACCCUCAUAUCGAAGACUUGAAAGAGAAGGCAAAGAUUAGCUCUAUUACCAAGAAUUCAUCCUUGAAUCACCUCCUCGACGAGGCCUCCAAGGCAGUCAAGCAAGCCGAAAGUCUUGUCGAAUACCGCCGCCCAGAUCUCGCUUAUGUCGAAUAUUUGCGAGCCUUUGAGAUUGCUGUCGCCAUAAUUCCACAACAUGAACAAUAUCCUAUCUUGAGUAGCCGGAAGGGCUCUCAGUUCACUCAGCAUCAAGCCGUCCUCCGCAAGAUUAGUUUACUGGCCGAUCGCUUCGACAAGAUCAAGGAGAUCAUCAUUAACGACAAUAGACGAAAUGCCACUCCGAAAGCCUCGGAUCUACCAGUCCGUCGCUCUUCAAUUCAAGCCUCUCCGCCCGCUGCCACCAACGGCAAUGCCGCGCUCGCUGAUCGCUUCGCGAAACUGCGCAUGCAAGCUGCGCCUCUAGACACUUCCUUGAACAGGCGGGUCGACUCUCGCGCAUCUAUCACCUCUAGCAAUGGCUCAAUCACUUCACCUACCUCAUACAGCAACCGUUCAUCGACCGACUUCUCCAACUCCCCCUUCGCCAAUGGCUCCUCUAUCCGACCAGUUGGCCCGCGGCAGAUGCCCAACGGCGCUCCCGGCCACCCUUUCGCCAAUCGCAUCACCCUCGACACAUCUGUCAGCGCUUCUCUACCCAUGGCUCCCGCCCCCGCUUACAGCCCUGCACGCAACAUGAACACACCAAGCCACAUAGACCCUCCUCGGACUUCUGCUCGUAGUAUGAUUGGAACAGGUGGAAGAAACAACUCUAUCGCCUCGAAUGCCUCUUCCUACGCACCAGGCAAUGAAGGAGAUGAAUCUGCAGGCUACUUCCCACGCGUCUCACAAGACCGUCCUCCGCCAGGUCCACCUCGACGAAAGUCUGUCCACCGUCCGACAGAGUUACGCAUUGGUCCCGAACGACUUUACGACUAUUUGAAGAUGCAUAGUGUCUUGUUGAUCGAUGUUAGGAACCGCCAAGAUUUUGACGAGGGUCACAUAUAUGCACAAUCUAUCAUUUGCAUUGAGCCUGCUGCUCUCGAACCUAACAUGUCCGCUGAGCAACUUGAGGAUGCUCUUGUUCUGUCACCGGAAGCAGAGCAAUCCAUGUUUUACAACCGCCACAAGUAUGACAUUGUUGUCUACUACGAUCACGACAUUUCAUCAGAAAGCUUCAUCCACCGACCGACAUCAGAAAGAGAGCGAAACCUAAAAUACCUAUAUGACGCCCUUUACGAAUUCAACUCGGAAAAGCCCCUACAACGGCCGCCAAUCUUGCUUAUGGGCGGUAUUGAGGGUUGGGCAGAGUUGGUCGGUGAUCAAGCGCUGAAACGCUCGAGCACUGUCGCACAGCAAAAGUCUGGCCGUCCGAUUAGAAGAGUACCUGUGGCAAGCAAAGAGUCGAGACUAUACGUACCGAAGAAGCGACUACGAGACUACAAUCCACUUGACGCUGAAGAAGAGCGAAAGUGGCACGAAAGAGCCCGCGUUGAGAGUGUCGUUGUUGAGAGGAAGCCAUCGUUUGACGAACAGGAUGAAUCAGGACAGGCAGAGAAUGCUACACCAUUCUACCAGUCUAUCGAGGAGUUCGUACGACGUUUCCCAGAAGCUGGUUCUCUGGAACAACGUUAUGGCGUGCAAGAACAUCCUGCCUCACUACUCCCAGCACGACCACAACAAGUGCCUUUAUAUCCAACACCUCCUCCAAAAUCAGCAAUGCCCUCAAUCCCAUCACGACCAGUUCCUGCUGCAGCUCGUGUAUCAUACAGCGGCGUUAGCGACCACCGUGCUGUUUCGGCUCAAAGCACCGGCUCUACAUCUGCAGAUUUACCUGCAUACGUACCUCCGAGAUUCUUGCCUUCAAAUCUCCGACUACCACGUACUGGUCUGGUCAAUUUCGGCGUUACGUGUUACAUGAAUGCCACCAUCCAAGCACUCUCUGCGACCACACCUCUUACCCUCUUCUUCCUCGAUGACAGAUUCAAGACAAUAGUGCAGAGAGACAAUUGGAAAGGCAGCAAAGGUGUCUUGCCUGAGCUUUAUGCGAAUUUGAUCAGAAGCAUCUGGAAGGGUGAUGUUGAGGCUAUUCGACCAAGCACACUCCGAUCUUUCUGUGCUCGUUUGAACAGCGAAUGGGGCAUUGAUCGCCAGCAAGAUGCGAAAGAGUUCUUUGAUUUCUUGGUCGACUGCUUGCAUGAAGAUUUGAACAAGAACUGGUCAAAAACACCACUCAAAGCAUUAACUGCAGAUCAAGAGGCAACGCGAGAGAAAAUGCCGAAGCCAAUAGUUUGUCGAACGGAAUGGGGCAGAUACACACAUCGUGAGCAGUCCUAUCUGACACAACUCUUCGGUGGACAACACGCUUCCCGUCUACGAUGCACGACCUGCCAUUUCACGUCCACAACCUACGAAGCCUUCUACAGCAUCUCAGUUGAAAUCCCUCGUUCCGGUUCCACCAGCAUCGAAGAUUGCCUACGCUCCUACUGCGCAGAAGAACGACUUUCUGGCGACGAAGUCUGGAAAUGUCCACGCUGCAACCGCGAACGCGAAGCCACGAAACAAAUCACCAUCACUCGCGCCCCUCAAUUCCUCGUCGUACAUUUCAAACGCUUCAGUGCUGGAAGAGGCGAAUCAGCACGUAAAGUCCGCACACCCAUCGAGUUCCCACUCAAGAAUUUGAACAUGUCGCCGUACAUGCUGCCAUCGCCCAGCGAACAAGACUCUCAUCUCAUCGUCAAGCAGUAUGGUGCUGAAGCUAUGAAGGCAGAUCCGACUAUGCAGCCGCCGUAUCUUUAUGAUGCCUAUGCCGUCAUGAGACACAUUGGCACUACAUUGACGUCUGGCCAUUAUACUUGUCUUGCCAAGGAUCGGGCGAGGAAUUGUUGGCGACAGUUCAAUGAUACAUGGGUUGGAGACUUUGAUCCUGAGAGGCUGAGCGAGAGAGAUCGCCUGCAGAAUGAGAUGGCGUAUAUAGUGUUUUAUGAGAGAAAGCAGACAAGCUGAGGAGGCUGGAGAUAAAGAUAUUUGUAUAAUGAGACUACAUGGACCUACCCCACAUCAGAUCUGUGUCUUGAGAUGUCAACUGCUGUGAUGCAUGGUUGUUUUGGCCAAGGACAUUGUAAGCCAGGCGCUAAUCGCCGCUACCCACGCCUUUCUAAGCGCCAGUGUCC